AUGAAAACUAAAGUAGAAUUAAAAUUUUUGGGUGGACUUGAAAGCUAUUUAGCUAACAAAUCAAAAAAUUAUGUAUCAUUAGAAAUUGAAUCAGAAGAAUUUAAUUUUGAGAAUUUAAUAGCAUAUAUAAGAAAUCAUAUAAUUGUUGAUAGAAAAGAUGUUUUCUCAGAUUUUGUUAUGAGUGAUGGUAAUGUCAAAUCAUGUAAUGUAAUGAUAGAUGAUAAGGAAUAUUCAAAUUAUAAUUUAAGUGAUAAAGGAAAAAUAAAACCAGGAAUUAUUGUUCUAAUAAAUGAAUAUGAUUGGGAAAUUCUAGAUACAUAUACAUACAAAAUAAAAAAUAAUGAUAAAAUAUGUUUCUUAUCAACAUUACAUGGUGGCUAA